GAGCUUCCCUAGCAUCUGACAAGGGUGGGGCAGCCAGGAGAAUCUGUUGGAUGAGCUGUGAUCUUAGAGAAAGCUUAGCAGCAUAAGAGCUAGAGAAAGAAGGGACAGAGAAAACAAACAAAGCAGGGAGGUUGAGAAGACAUUAAGUCUAACGAAAGUGGAUGUGAGAACCAAGGAUGUCUAAAAGAAAGAGGCUUUGAGGACAAGAAUUGCUGUGAGAUAAACUACACAAAGGGAGGACCUACGGGUGCCUGGAAGGGCCAGAGGUGAAGAGUUGAUCUCCUGGGAGCAGCCUUUCAGGCCAGUUUGGAUGUGAUGUCUGAGAAUCUGGGUCAAACUGAGACAUCUGCGGUUUAUCAUGAGAGACAGCGCCUGGAACUGUGUGCCGUCCACGCCCUCAACAAUGUCCUGCAGGAACGACUCUUUACCCAAGAGAUAGCUGAUGAAAUCUGUAAAAGGCUGGCUCCUGAUGCUAGGUGGAAUCCACACCGUAGUUUUCUGGGGACAGGGAACUAUGAUGUCAAUGUCAUCAUGGCAGCUCUUCAGAGUGUGGGAUUUGAAGCCAUUUGGUGGGAUAAACGAAGACCUCUCGAGCAGUUGUCCCUGGCAGGGCUGGUUGGAUUCAUCGUGAACGUCCCUUCCAAUGUAUGCCUGGGUUUCCUGUCUCUUCCUGUAAGGCGUCGCCACUGGAUUGCUGUGCGUCAGCUUGAUGGCAUCUAUUAUAAUCUUGACUCCAAACUGAAGGCACCAGCACCAAUUGGUGGUGAAGCUGACCUCAGGGUAUUUCUCCAGGAGGUGCUUUCCCAGGGCCCUUGUGAGUUGCUGUUGGUUGUGCCCCAAGAGGCAGGCGAAGCCAGGCCUUGGCUGAACACUGUGAGGUGAUGCCAGGCCUCCCAUAAGAAAUUGCCUGGUCUAAAGAUCUUUUUUCUCCCUGCUGCACUCCCUUGCACCACCUGCUGCAUGUGAUGGGGGGAAGAAGGGAGCACUCCAUUCCUGUUUAUACUGCCACUCUGGGUGCCGAUGUUAGAAUCCAUCUUACCUUCUCUAAGAAAUGAUCCUGACUUCCUUCUAUUUCUGCUUGCUUUUUAAAGGCUUGGCUUCUUCUGGGAUAAUAUGGAAUAAAGGAUAUGGCAUCUAA